AUGAUGGAGCACGACCGCUGGAGGUUCCAGCAGCUGGAUCUUGAGGCCCGACGUCAGGUGCUCGAAGAUGAAGUCAUAGUUUUUAGUCAGCAUCGGGGAGUGAGAGUCAAGAUCGUGUACGAUGCUGCCGGGAGUCAAACAGCUCCCCCAGAUGGGACUGGUUUCAACCGCGAGGAGAAGUCUGGGAUCGAACUUGUGUUUUGCACGACGGUUGAAGCCGACAUCGGUCUAAUAAUCGAGGCUGCAAAGUCGCUUGGUAAGGGCACUCCUUAUGUCGUGAUAGCAACAUCUGACCGGGCCGUCCAGGAGCGCUGCAAGGGCCCAUGGAUGCAUGCCAUCAGCUCCGAAGUGUUGCUGCAGGAGAUCAAUGGUUGCGCGAGGAGGCUGAGGGCGAUGUUAAGGGGGAGUCAGACCCAGCACGUGAACGGGAAACGAGCAGGGCCCCUCAGUGCCAAUCCAGACCUCAAGAAGCUCAGAGAUCAGCUUCAAUAA